AUGAUCUGUCCUGAGGGAACGUACAGCCCUGAAGGGGAGAAGCUCUGCCAGAGAUGUACAGCUGGCACCUGGAGCGACGUGCGCGGAGCCAAAAGGGCCGAGGCGUGCCACAAGUGCUCCAUGGGCACAUGGAGCAGCCAGGAGGGAGCCAUCUCGCCCGAGGCUUGCCAACCAUGCCCAAAGGGGAGGUGGAGCAACAGGACGGCCGCCUCCUCUAUCUUCGACUGCAACUUCUGCCCUGCGGGCACCUGGAGCUCCGAGGAGGGCGCGUCCUCCACGAAGGUGUGCCGAAAGUGCGCACCCGGCACGUGGAGCCCUAUCCUCGGCGCUGUAGAGGAAGAGGCUUGCGUGGGCUGUCCGGCUGGCCGGUUCAACUCCAAGGAGGGUGCCGGAAGCCCGGGUGACUGCAUCGCUUGCGCCGCCGGGACCUUCAGCGACGUCGAGAGCGCUGCCUCCUCGAAGGUUUGUCGGCCCUGCGCUGCGGGCACCUUCAGCCCGGCACCGGGGGCCUUCUCAGAGGAGACUUGCGCCACGUGUCCAUCCGGCACCUUCAGCGCCACUCUGGGCGCCACCUCCUCCGCCACUUGCACCGGCUGCCCGCCCGGCACCUUCAGCAGUGAGGAAGGGGCGUCUUCCUCUCAGACCUGUAUGAAAUGCGGCCCGGGCACCUACCAGCCCAUCGUCUCUGCCGCCUCCAGCUCACUGUGCAUCAAGUGUGCCGUGGGCAACUUCUCCUCGGCAUGGGGAGAGUCGACUUGCCACUUCUGUGCCAAAGGGUCCUAUGGCAACGCCUUCGGCCUCACGGAGUGCUUGGACUGCCCCACCGGGUCCACAACCACGAUUCUGGGUGCAAUUCGAGAAGGCAUGUGCAUCAAGUCGUCGAUCCUUGAUCCGGCCCCCAGUGACGGUUCUGAAGAUGCCGACGGCGAGACAGAGGAUGAGGGCCACGUCCCGGUGCUCCUUCCUUGA